UAAAUUUAAAAUGGCGACUUGCAGUCACUAAACAUGCAUUUAAAUUAUAAAGACUUUUUUAAUUGUCUAUUGAUAAUUUUAAAAUAAAUUAUUUAAUAAUUUACAGCAUAAUUUUAUUUAUAAUACUCAGUCAUAAUUUUUUUGGAGAUGAUAUGAUUGGAAAAACAUUUUAAAUAAUUGAACUGAAUCGUUGGUAUUAAUACUGAAUUUAUUUGUCAUAAAAAAGUAUCAGAAUGUGGAUCAGAACAAUACCAGUUAUAAAGUUGUUGUCAUCACCAAGUCUGAGGUUAAUUAAAAAUAAUAGAGUGUCUAGAAGUCCAGGACAACUGUCAGCAGUUAACAGAUUCAUCCAUACGACAGUAAACUGCGGCUCUAUCAAUGAAGAGGAACAGAAGGAUAAAAAAAUCGCACUGUUCGAUGCCGCGAGAGUCCAACAGAAAAAAGAAAAGUCAACAUUUUUAGCUGUUUUGCACGCGUACCAAACCGAGGGUGAGCGGAAAACUGGCCAUGUGCAGUUUGUGUACGCGGCAUUACGUUACAUGAAAGAAUUCGGAGUAGCUGAUGAUCUAGAAGUGUACAAGGCAGUGCUGAAUACUCUGCCGAAGGGUAGAUUUGUCGCAUCAAGUUUGUUUCAAGCUGAAAUGUUCCACUACCCGCGUGAGCAGCAGUGCGGUAUUGAUUUGUUGCAGCAGAUGGAGGACAAUGGUGUGAUACCUGAUCCAGAAACGGAGCUGAUGAUUUUAAAUAUAUAUGGUCAGCAUGGAUUCCCACUGAGAAAGCUCCGGAGAAUGGCCUACUGGCAGGGUAAAUUUAAAAAUUUAAACCCUUGGCCACAUCCCCGGCCACUUCCGUCAGAUAGAUUUCAACUAGCGAUGCUUGCUGUUAAAAAAAUAGCCAGUGUUGAUGUACAGAGUGUGAUCACAGUCUUUGAUACCAACGAAGUUGAUAAUUCAAUCGACAAAACUUGGAUUAUUUCUGCAUCUAGUCCAGAUCAGGAGCGACUGAUUUCCAAACAUCCUCAUGACAAACCUGCUUUUGUUGAAGGCCCCUUCAGAAUCUGGGUCUCAAAAGCGUCUGUUGAUUAUUUUUUACUCCACACUGAACCACCAAAACGACCUGAAGUAGAGGAAGUUGAUAACGACGAUGUUUCAAAUAUGGACAUAAAUUUAUGGAGAAGAUCAAAAAGAGCUUUAGCUCUACAUCGUUCUAUUCAUGAACAAGAUAAUCAAACGAUAUUCGGAGUCUGUGCCACAGGAACGUCUACGAAAGAUUCAUUACUGUCUUGGAUCCGUUGCUUACAGCCGAGAAACCCAGCCCUGGAAAAAAUUCCCAUACUAUUUAAAUUCACGAGCAUGGUUGAUGAUAAAGAUAAAAUCGAAGCUGGUCCAAAGACGGAGGAGAGCAAGAAAGAAGUCUCCGGUGAAAAUACUGAUAAAAUAGGAAGUUGAUGAGCUGUGUAAUUUUUUGUAAAUAAAUCUUUAGUACAAUAUAACUCUGUGUACUAA